AGGUAUGUAGCUAUGUACGGUAGCCAUUUUACGCAUGGAGAUUUCGUUCGCGUAAGCAGUAUAGUAAUAGUGUACGCGCGUGAUUUUUCGACGAUACGUCGAAAUACGGUGCGUGUUUCAUCGUGCCGUGCCUGUGUUACACAAUGCGCUGAAAAAGGUAAUUAUCGUCGUGGAUCGGGCGGGUGUCGAUGUGCGUAAAAUCGCGCGUGCGAAAAUCGGACGGCGAUUUCGCGUGAAACGGGUGGGAGAGGAGGAGCGGCAUCGACAGUGAACGACGGCUCCAGAUGCGCACUGGACAUCUUGCACGAGUGUCGUGGUGCUCGUUAAUCAGGCGUAAAUUACGCAACGCGUAAUUCGAAACGUGCUCCGAAAAUUCCUCAUUUCUUCGGCAGUUCUUUUGCAUCGCGGGAGAGAGCGAGAGCGACAAGAGAGAUUUGAAUGCCUACUCUUGGCUUGAUCAAGAUCUUACUCGUUCAUUAGCAGCCUAUCAAAAUGGCAUCGACAAAGUCCAAAGAAGUUGCGGAUGAGUACAUCUCGUCCCUGUCCGAUCUUACAAUCAACAGUAAGCCGCUUAUCAACAUGCUCACCAUGUUGGCCGAAGAUAACAUUGAACAUGCAUCAGCGAUAGUGCAAGCUGUUGAGACUCAUCUACAAAAGGUGAGAAGUGACAUCAAGUUACCAGUACUCUAUCUCAUCGAUUCGAUUGUCAAGAAUGUAAAUGGAGACUAUCUGAAUCUCUUUACGCAAAAUAUAGUAAACACGUUCUGCGGUGUGUUUGAGAAGGUCGAUGAGAACACAAGAGCCAGCAUGUGGAAGUUGCGGCAAACGUGGAACGAUGUAUUUCCACCGAAAAAAUUAUUUUCAUUAGAUGUGCGGGUACAAAGUAUCGAUCCUGCAUGGCCAAUCACUGCCCCUCCUACUAAUAUCUCUUCAGGCUCCAUACACGUUAAUCCACGAUUUUUUUCCACAAUGCCUCAACAAACUACGACAUCAAUUGUCCCGCCUGUUAAAUUGCCAUCAGGGGAACCAGUAACAACAACAGAAGCAGCUAUGCGAGAGCAGUUGCUGAAAAAGCAACGAGAAUUGUUAGAAUUGCAAAAAAAGAAGAUUGAGCUAGAACUGUUGCAAGCUAAAGCGAGUUUAGAGCAACAGCAAAGGCAACUUGACAAACAAGCUGGCAGCUUGAAGGCAGAAGUGGUUAUACCCACUGCACAUGUCCCUCCAACUACAGAGGCCGCGGCACAGGGAAAACCUGUAGCACCUGUAAUACCAAAUCAAACGCCGAAACAAGUAGCAAAACAAUUCCCUGCAGCAGCUGCGUCACUUUUAAAGAAUGCAGGAGCAAACAGCGGUCCACGAAUUGCACCAGCUAGUAGUAUAGCAGUAGCGUCAGCUAAGCCAGUCUCACGAGAUCCACGUUUGAAACCCACUCCUGCUGUUCAGGAUGUGACAACAGUACCAACAAUAGAUCCACGACAACGACCGGGUACGACCAGUCCGAAAGAAUCACGGAGUGAAGGUCAAACGCAGCCAGUCGCAAAUACAAUUGUAACCUCAAACCAAUUAAAGCAGCAGUUACCUUCGAAAUCGGCUGUAACUAGCACUGUCAACAAGCCUCCGGCGAGUCCCGCCGGUUCCGAUAAUCCGACGUUAUUAAACGUUAUUAAUAACAAUCAUGCUGAUACGAAUCUGAACAAUAGUAAUAAUAAAACUUUUAGUGGUAAUAUAAAUAAAGAUGCUGUCUCGCAUCGAACAAGUCAAAAGAAAGACCCUCGAUUGACUAGUAAUAGUAGUGGUAACCUAAACAGCUCCAAAAUCGGUCAAGGUUUAUCGGUUUGCAAUAAUAGUUCGUCUUCAAUAUUGUCAGCGAGCAAUCGAGGAAGUGGAGGUGGUGACUCCAACAAGUCGAAAGACUCGAAGAGCUCGAACUCGUUACGCGGUUCUUCGUCUUCGACAGCCGAUAAAUCUUCCACUUCCUCUAAAUCCUCGCAUAGGAAAGUAGGGAAUAAGUCGCGAUCUAAACAGCCGCAGAUCUGUCCAAGUAAGAUUCAGAAAGUCGACAGAGACUCUAGUCCAGUUAGGUCAAAAUCUCGUGAGAAAGACAACGGAGACAGUUCACCGUCCUCACGUACUUCUCCACAAUCCUCCUUCCAAGCCUCUAAAAACCGCAAGAAGAAUACAAAAUCCAGAAAACGUAGUCCAAGUCCCCCAUAUAGAAUUCCCAGGCGUAAUGAUAUAAAAUCGAGUUCAAGUUUGAGCAGUUCUGGUGGUGUUACUGAGGAGGAGCAAUCUGGUUCGCUGAUAGUAUCUCCUCCUCAUCCACCAGCAUUCAAAGAAAUCAGACCGAAUGCUAGACAGAGAAAUUAUGUAAGACGAAAUAAAGAUGACAGUCUUAGUCCGGAACGUUCCCCAGCCAGUGCUGGAAAUGCUCAAAUCGCUGCCGAGCCAACAUUGGAAUCCUCUAGUAAAGAUGAAGAUCUCAGAGCAUCACUGUCUCUACCUGGCACUACUGUUUCCAUACCCGAAAAGAGUGACUACAAUGUUUGCCUCGUCUCUGGUAGCAAUUGCAAGACUAUAGCAGAAGAGGAUUUAGAUCUACGAGUAUUACCACCUGUUAACACUAGUAAAAGACGCAGCGAAGAUAUAGAAUCAUCUCCAGCUAAGAAAACUAAGGCUGAAAAGUUUGAUGCACUAUUUGGUAAUGAAGACGUAGAUCUGCGUACACUGACCCAUCCUAAAGCCGGUCGUCCUCCGACGCCUCCACCGCCCGUAAUUUCCGGGGAGGACGGGAAAGAUAGCUGGGCGAAGUUGAAAACGCCACCAAAAAAUGAGAGAGAUAAGCAAGUUAACAACGCCGAUGAUAAACGCGAGAGGGAUCGUAACAGGGACAGACUGGGUCGUCUCAGGCUCUAUAACAAGCUUCCGGAUGAUCCUAAAGAGAGAAGAAGAACAUUAUCGAACGAAGAACAAGAUGCCAGAUCAGGGCGUCGAGGUCGGGAGAAUGAUAAGCCUGAGAGAAACGACGAUAGAAAUAUCGAAAUUAUAAUGAAGCAAGCCGCUGAACAAUUAAACCAAGGAUCGAUUACUAAAACGCAAUAUAACACCUUGAUACAGGAAGUGUUGCACAUGAGCGAGGAUCGAAAAUUGCGAGCCGCACAGCGUAAAGAGAAAGAAGGUGGCACUGUAAUAUGGGAGAAAGGUAUUAAUAUGGAUAUCGUGUCCGGUACCGGAGAUCGCACUGCGACAUUCAGUCCGUCCAACGACAAGGAGAUGAUACGGAACAAGGAGCAUCCGAUACCGCGAAAUCCUAAUGGCCCGAGAUGGCAGAAUCAGCCGUGGCAACAACCGUGGGCACAUCCACCGGGACCACCGUAUGGCGGACCGCAAGGACACUUUAAUCCGGACAUAAGACCGAUUGGGCCUUGGCAAAAUCCGCGACACUUUGGACCGAUGAGACCAGAUUACCAGUAUCACGGCGGCUUCAAUCACAAUAUGGGACCCAAUCCGCGGUUAGGACCCGGUAUGAUGGGUGGUCCGAUAGGUCCUAACGGUCCGAUCAUGUCGAAUCUUUUGCCAAACGGUCCGAUGGGACCGAUGGGACCCAUGCCAAAUUCUCCUAUGGCAAUGGGAUGUCAUCCCGCGAUGAUGAUGAACAACGGGCCAAUGACGAAUCUCAUGACGAAUUCAAAUAUACCACCUUUAGCAUCUGGUAGAAAUUUAUCGCCGAACGCAUCCACUAAAUACGACCACGAUGAUAACGAUCAAAGUUACGGCGGCACAACGGUGAAAAACUCGGGAUCGCAUAGUCGUGAAUUGCCGCCACCAGAUCAAAAAUUGUUGACCGAGAUAGCGAGAGAUACCAUGAAAUCCAUAAACAUCGACAAUAUACCGCGUGAAAUUCGAUAUUACGGACAGACAGGUGUAGUGUUCAUGAAUUGGGACGAUCCGCGAGAGAUCGGUUUCCAGGACGGCAUAAGAAGAAUAUUAAUCGACGACAAAGACACUAUUACAUGUGCAUUUAACGACCAAUACAAGGAGUUUAUGUACGAGGGAGAAAUCCAUAGAAUCAAACUAGGUGCACCUACUCGUGAAUUGUACGUCGACGAUCGUUGGUACGAGUGUUACUUCGGCGGUAUGCCCAUAACGAUCGAACUCGGCGGUAAAACAGUUAGUGUAAAACUGGAGGGUCCUCCUCCACAAGUCAAGAUCGGUACCGUGAAGAGAACGGAUCUCGUGGUAGCGAAAAUUAAUCUUAUCAUCAACGCGCGAAAUAUGGUGCCAGUAUUUUUGGACGCGAAACCGCAAAUAUUUGAAAUUGAGGGAAAACCUCAUACGCUGGAAUUUACAGAUGCGUUGCAAACGGUUCUUCUGAAUGGACGACCGUUCAAAGUCGAAUUUGGGGGAUUACCUAAGCCUAUUAUUGUCAGAGACAAAAAGCAUUUCAUCAGGUUUUCAGUGUUACCCAGAGGCGUCCGUGCUGGUCAUGUUAAGAUCACUGGAAUGAAAGGUGAGAGUCCUACUGAGUCGCCACCAACGACGGCUCAAAAACCGAAAGUGGAUGCUGCACCUACACCAAGCCAAUUGCCGGUUGUAGAACACGAAUCUACGUCACAAGAUGGUUCAGAUUUCACCUCGACUUCAAAACCAGAUUUGCAAUUAGAUAUAUUGUCGUCAGUUUUACCAUCAGCAAUGGCGCCGUCAUCCGGUUUAUCUUAUGAAGCCGAACCCGUGGAAAAUCCGCCAGCACCAGCACCGACAUUGCCGCUGAACAUGAAUGAAUUGUUCCAAAGACUGGUCGAAACUGGCAUUGUUCCCAGUCUCAUGGAACAAAAGAAACAGGAGGAAGAAGAAAAGAAAGAAUCCGAAAUUAGUCCAGUCUCCUUCGAUAAACCAGAGACUCUUAAAAUCAAACAACCAGCUAUCGCCGCAGCAUUGUACAGCGGUAUGCAAUGCAGCUCCUGCGGUGCAAGAUUUGCACCUGAAUUGGCUACUCGAUAUAGCCACCAUUUAGAUUGGCAUUUCAGACAAAACAGGCGCGAACGAGACUCCGCAAGAAAAGCGCAUUCUCGGCCAUGGUAUUACGAUAUUAGUGAUUGGAUACAGUUCGAAGAAAUUGAAGAUUUGGAGGAUAGAGUUCAAAGUUGGUUCGAGACUGAAAAACAGACGGCGGAAACGGAAGGCAUGGCUACUGAUGACACGCCUCAGGAAACAUUGCAGCCCAGCGUACCGACUGGCAGCGACGAAGAUUCACGAUGCCAGGUAUGCCACGACGCAUUCGAACAGUUUUAUAACGAGGAAAAAGAAGAGUGGCAUUUGAGACCAGCAGUUAAUUAUGAAAAAAGGAAUUAUCAUCCACUCUGUCUGGAAGAUUACAAGGAAAAAAGUCUAGUGAGAGCAUUGGAAAAAACUGCCUUGGCACUUGAGGAGGCAGUCUCGGAAAUCGAGGAAGGUAAAAUAGAGUGUUCCGAAGAAAAGCCCGGAGAUGAAUUUAAACAGGAGAAAUCCAAUGUAGAAAUGUCGAAUAAGGAACUUGAACUUACGGAAAAUUUAGAACAAAUAGAAGAAAGUCCCUUAGAGACUGCUACAUUGGAAACUAAAGAAAAACCUGCUGAUAUAGAGAAUUCUGAAAUUACGCAAGACGAAACAGAAGAUAAAGAAAAGACGGAAGAUGCCGAAGAAAGUACAGUUACAGCAGACACUGAGGUAAACGCGCCUAUGAUGAAUGAAGAAGAGAAAUCUCCGGGCGAAGGUGUAAUCACACCGUUCGAAAAUAUUAAGAUUAAAGAGGAGCCAUUGGACGACAUUGGUGAAGAAGAUAAUAGCGAAAUGUUCGCUUUCCUGGAUAAACUGGAUCACCAGAUUAAAGAGGAACCUAUGGAUCCUGAACCCGAACCCGAACUAGAUCCCGAACAAAUUGUGAAUGAAUCGGGUACCGUAGAUACGACAUACGCUGCAGUGAAAAGUUCCAUUGAUGGAAAUGUAGAAUUAGACUCGACACCAGCACUUGUACCAGCAGCUCCAUCGCGGAUUAAGAUCAAUAUCACUAAACCACUUAACAGUAAUAAAGAAUCGGAGGUCGAGACGCCUGUAGAGGAAAAUGCGGAACAACCGUUAGUACCAGCUUCUAUUAAACCCAGUUUACAGGGUAGAAAGCUAUCAAAUUUACCUCCUGUGGAGAAAGGGCAGGAGUUGUCGGGACUCUGCUCUAUUAUGUAAAUAAUAUGUGUACAAAACUUCAUCAAGUAAGUUUCUAUGAAUUCAAAUGAUACAAGUGUAUAAAGUGCUAGAUUUACAUUUAGAUCAUAAGAUGUAUUUCUAAGCUUAUUUAUACCUUGUACAUCGUAAUUUUGUGCAACUUGUACGACAUGAUAAUAUCAUCCUUAUACAAUGUUUUUCAAUCUUUGUUUAAUACACUGGUAUUUUAUCUUUGUAAGAUAUUUUGUAAUAUCUUACAAAGACAAAAUAGCAAUGUAUUAGACAUUAUACCAAUAUCUUGGUGUUUCUGUGUAAAGGUUCUGUCUAAAUUUAUUGAUAAUUGAUCUGUAAACAAAUUUAAAUUAACUUUGCAAAUUAGUUUAAAUUUAUUAUAUAGAUUUUAUGCACGAUUUACUUAGAAAUACGAUAAAAGAUCCUUUACUUUUAUAUAAUUAGUACCGGAAUAAACGUUACGUCGUACAAGUUAAAAAUGUGUAAAAUGCGUGUAAGUACGUGUGAGUGUACCUUAAGUAUUAACAUUUUGAUGAAUGCAAAAAGAAAAAGAAGCGCAGAACUGUAUAUAUUUUAUGUAAUUUAGAAAGAUAUAGUAGAGCAUUCCCGCGCGAGUGAGUGUAUUUUAAGUAAAAUCGUGUUUUGUGAUGGGAGAAUUAUUGCAAAUUUGAUAAUUUAUGCUCACUGAAAACUUCAAGUAUACCAUUUAUACUUGUGUAAAAGUUUGAUGAUGAUUUGCACUCUGGAAACUUCAAGUACAAUUGUACUUGUACGAAACACGACAAACCCUUAAAAACGAAUACACCCAAUAAGUUCGUUAUACGAAAUAACGAUUGCCUGAUUCAUUUUAAGAUGUACAAAUAAUGUGAUAGAUGAGUUGUAAAAUAUAUACACAAAUCACCAACGGAAAAACAAUGACGACGAUACUGGAUAAGGAAAAUGACUACUAUUACUCUAUUAGAGAACAUUAUUUUGUUGUAUAAAAGAAGACUUAUUUACUACAGGUUUGACUUCCUUUUUAAUUAACCUUUCUACAAUAUCCUUUAUGAUACUUAUAAUUUCAAAACUAUAUUUAAGGCCUGAAUUUGAAUUCGUAAGACACUUCAAACACAAUAAAGACAUUAAUAAAAAGUUAAUCUUUUGUUGUUAUAAUGUCUUCAUAUUCAAUAAACUAUGCAUUCAAGAU